AUGAAGUGACGCGCGAUGAGUUGUGAUGAGUACGAAAGUUGGGAUCGCUUUCUCGCUGAUGAAAGCUUCUUUGAUGGUCCUGAACCUUCCUCUCUUGAUGUGGACAUCUUUCAGACAAUAAUGCGCCAUCCUCCUCCAUCUAGAUUAUUCCAUUUGUACCGUUGGUUUCAAAAUAUCAGCUCCUAUUCUCUUUUGGAGAGACAAAGUUUUCCAAAAUCCACACGAUCUAUUUCCCGAUAUCGCUUGAAAACAAUGACUAAGGGGAAAGUGCACGAGGGAGAAGGGGACAAGGCUCCUGUCAAGGAACUCAGCCCAUGGCCUUCCUUCAUCCAGGUCGAACGAGAUCGAAUUCAGCUUUGGGACAAGUUCAAAGUCCAACAUGAGGACAGAAUUGCUUCUCUACCGAAAGAAGAUAUUGACAUCACUUUGCCGGACGGUAAAAUCGUGAAGGGUCAGGCAUGGAUGACAUCACCUUACGAUAUCGCCGCAGGAAUCAGUCAGGGGUUGGCAGACAGUGCAGUUAUCUCAAAAGUCAAUGGAGAGCUGUGGGAUUUGGAUCGUCCAUUGGAAAGCUCGUGCAAGCUUGAACUCCUGAAAUUCGACUCCGAAGAAGGUCAGCAAGUUUUCUGGCAUUCGUCAGCUCACAUCUUGGGAGAAGCAAUGGAACGAGUGUAUGGAGGAUGCCUUUGUUAUGGGCCUCCGAUUGAGAGUGGAUUUUAUUAUGACAUGUCAAUGGACAGCCAGGUGUCGAGUGGUGAUUUUGGGACCUUAGAGGAAUUGGUGAAAAAGGUCGUGAAGGAGAAGCAACCGUUCGAGCGCCUCGAACUUACCAAAGAGCAGUUGGCGGAGAUGUUCCAGUACAACGAGUUCAAGUUGCGUAUUUUGAAAAACAAGGUCACUACUCCAACUACAACCGUGUAUAGGUGUGGGCCAUUGAUUGAUCUCUGCCGUGGACCUCAUGUGCGACAUACCGGAAAAGUCAAAGCAUUCAAAGUUACUAGAAGUUCUGCUUCCUAUUGGGAAGGAAACUCGGAGGCUGAGUCGUUGCAGCGGGUCUAUGGAAUAUCUUUCCCAGACCCUAAGCAGUUGAAAGAAUGGCAAAAGUUUCAGGAAGAAGCUGCGAAACGAGAUCACAGGAAAAUCGGAAGGGAGCAAGAAUUGUUCUUCUUUCAUGAACUGAGCCCGGGUUCAUGUUUCUUCCUGCCGAAAGGUGCACACAUUUACAACGUGCUGAUGAAUACCAUCAAGACGGAAUACCGUAAGCGAGGUUUUGAUGAAGUAAUCUCUCCGAACAUUUACAACUCCAAGUUGUGGAUUCAAUCUGGACACUGGCAACAUUAUGCGGAAAAUAUGUUCUCGUUCGACUGUGAAAAGGAGAAAUACGCCUUGAAGCCCAUGAAUUGUCCGGGACAUUGUCUGAUGUUCGAUCACCGUAUUCGAUCAUGGAGAGAACUGCCGAUCAGAUACGCGGAUUUUGGAGUGCUGCAUCGGAAUGAAUUGUCUGGCGCAUUGACAGGACUGAUACGUGUGCGCAGAUUUCAGCAAGAUGAUGCCCACAUUUUCUGCGCUCCCGACCAAAUCAAGUCUGAAAUCAGCAGCUGUCUCGACUUCCUCAAGUGUAUUUACACAAUUUUCGGAUUCACCUUCAAGCUGAACUUGUCCACUAGGCCCAAAACAUUUUUGGGAGAAAUAGAGCAAUGGAACCUUGCAGAAAAACAAUUGGAAGAAAGUUUGAACGAUUUCGGGAUGCCGUGGAAACUGAAUCCUGAGGAUGGAGCAUUUUAUGGCCCGAAAAUUGACAUCACCAUCAUGGACGCGUUGCAACGACCACAUCAGUGCGCCACAAUCCAACUGGACUUCCAGCUCCCUGUUAGAUUCAAUCUGCUUUUCAUGGGAGAAGACGGUGAGCGCCAUCGCCCCGUCAUCGUUCACCGCGCCAUAUUGGGCUCGGUGGAGCGUAUGAUGGCUGUACUGUGCGAAAAUUUCGGUGGGAAAUGGCCAUUUUGGCUGUCGCCGAGACAAGUGGUGGUGAUCCCUAUUGCCGCUGCUUAUGACGAAUAUGCGGAAAAGGUGAGGAAGCAGUUGCAUGACGCUGGUUUCCAAGCAGAUGUUGAUAUCACUUCUGGAGAUACUUUCAACAAGAAGGUCAGAAACGCCCAGUUGGCGCAGUUCAAUUUCAUUCUAGUUGUCGGAGAGAAGGAGCAGUCGAAUGGAACAGUGAACGUACGCACUCGAGACAACAAAGUUCACGGGGAAUUUAAUGUGGAGGAGGUCGUGAAGAAGUUUGGCGCCCUGAAAGACGAAAAGACAUUGCACAGUGAAGAAUCAUUCUAAGGAGGUGAAUAGAAGAGUCGCGUGUCAUGUGGGAAUUGUGUUGCUUUUCUUGCGUGUUGUGCUCUCGUAUUCUGAAACUUAAAUUAAAAAUUCAGAAAAACUCCA